AUGGAGACAGAAGAGGCCCAGGACAUGGCCCCGCUGCCUGGUCGGGAAAGUCCUCCUCAGAACGACACGUCAGAGGAGCCAGAGGAACCUAUGGCCGUUCCUGAAGACCUGUCCUCCAGCUCGGGCCACCAGCAAAACAACAGCAGCAAAGCCGUUGCCGUUAAGGCAGAGAGUGGCGUGCACGUAGCGGAGGAGGCGGAGUUUGCCGAGGACUUGCGUGUGGUCGAUCCGUCGGGGCCCAAACCCAACGGGACGGGGCCGAGUCCGGGAGCCAAGGCCUUCUCCGCGUCCGGAGGGAUCAGGCUGCCCAACGGCAAGCUCAAGUGCGAUAUCUGCGGAAUAGUGUGUAUCGGGCCCAAUGUGCUGAUGGUGCAUAAGAGAAGCCACACUGGAGAGCGGCCGUUCCAGUGCAGUCAGUGCGGAGCCUCGUUCACACAGAAGGGAAACCUGCUCCGACACAUCAAGCUCCAUUCAGGAGAGAAACCCUUCAAAUGUCACCUGUGCAGCUACGCCUGCCGCCGCCGCGACGCACUGACCGGACACCUGCGCACACACUCAGGUACCACAGGCACUCAGGUACCACAGGCACUCAGGUACCACAGGCACUCAGGUACCACAGGCACUCAGGUACCACAGGCACUCAGGUACCACAGGCACUCAGGUACCACUGACACUCAGGUACCACAGGCACUCAGGUACCACAGGCACUCAGGUACCACAGGCACUCAGGUACCACAGGCACUCAGGUACCACAGGCACUCAGGUACCACAGACACUCAGGUACCACAGGCACUUAGGUACCACAGGGCACUCAGGUACCACAGGCACUCAGUUACCACAGGCACUCAGGUACCACAGGCACUCAGGUACCACAGGCACUCAGGUACCGCAGGCACUCAGGUACCACAGGCACUCAGGUACCGCAGGCACUCAGGUACCACAGGCACUCAGGUACCGCAGGCACUCAGGUACCACAGGCACUCAGGUACCACAGGCACUCAGGUACCACUGACACUCAGGUACCACAGGCACUCAGGUACCACAGGCACUCAGGUACCACAGGCACUCAGGUACCACAGGCACUCAGUUACCGCAGGCACUCAGGUACCACAGGCACUCAGGUACCGCAGACACUCAGUUACCACAGGCACUCAGGUACCACAGGCACUCAGGUACCACAGGCACUCAGGUACCACAGGCACUCAGUUACCGCAGACACUCAGUUACCACAGGCACUCAGGUACCACAGACACUCAGGUACCACUGACACUCAGGUACCAAAGGCCCUCAGGUACCACAGGCCCUCAGGUACCACAGGCCCUCAGGUACCACAGGCUCUCAGGUACCACUGACACUCAGGUACCACAGGCACUCAGGUACCGCAGGCACUCAGGUACCACAGGCUCUCAGGUAUCACAGGUACCACUGACACUCAGGUACCACGGACACUCAGGUACCACAGACAUUCAGGUACCACAGACACUCAGGUACCACAGGCUCUCAGGUACCACAGACAUUCAGGUACCACUGACACUCAGGUACCACGGACACUCAGGUACCACAGACAUUCAGGUACCACAGACACUCAGGUACCACAGGCUCUCAGGUACCACAGACAUUCAGGUACCACUGACACUCAGGUACCACGGACACUCAGGUACCACAGACAUUCAGGUACCACAGACACUCAGGUACCACAGGCUCUCAGGUACCACUGACACUCAGGUACCACAGGCUUUCAGGUACCACAGGCACUCAGGUACCACAGGCACUCAGGUACCACAGGCACUCAGGUACCACGGGCUUUCAGGUACCACUGACACUCAGGUACCACAGGCACUCAGGUACCACAGACACUCAGGUACCACAGACACUCAGGUACCACAGACACUCAGGUACCACAUGCACUCAGUGGGGAAGCCUCAUAAAUGUGCGUACUGUGGGCGGAGCUACAAGCAGCGCAGCUCAUUGGAGGAGCACAAAGAACGAUGUCACAACUACCUCCAGUGCAUGGGGCUGCAGAACAACAUCUACUCAGUAGUGAAGGAGGAGAGCCACAGUGAUGGGAGGGAGGAGAUGUCGGGAUGUGACCGAGCCCUGCUGCUCGACAGACUGGCCAAUAAUGUAGCUAAACGGAAGAGUUCUAUGCCACAGAAGUUUGUGGGGGACAAGCGUCUCUCGGACCUCUCCUACGACAGUGCGUCCGCAGACCUGAUGCAGCCUCACGUCAUCGACCAGGCCAUCAACAGCGCCAUCAGCUACCUGGGCGCCGAGUCCCUGCGUCCCCUGAUCCAACAGACCUCCCCCGGCUCCUCCUCGGACGCCGCCCUGGGCCCCAUGUUCCCUCUGCACAAACCUCCCACCGAUAACUCCGUCCCCCACAACCUCUCGGCCAAAGACAGCGCCGCCGAGAACCUCCUGCUGCUCUCCAAGUCCAAGUCGGCGUCCAGCGAGAAAGACGCCUCUCCCAGCCACAGCGGCCACGACAGCACGGACGACACGGAGAGCAAUAACGAGGAGCGGCCAGCAGGGGGAGCGGCGGCGGCUGGGCUCAUCUAUCUGACCAAUCACAUGAGCGGAGCCAGGAACGGGGCCCUGGUGAAGGAGGAGCAGCAGCGGCAGUACGAGGCCAUGAGGGUGGGGCUGGAGAUGGCCUCCGAGGGCUUCAAGGUCCUGACGUCGGACGGCGACCAGGUGAGAGCGUACAGGUGCGAGCAUUGCCGUGUCCUGUUCCUGGACCACGUCAUGUACACCAUCCACAUGGGCUGCCACGGCUUCAGGGACCCCCUGGAGUGCAACCUGUGUGGUCACCGCAGCCAGGACCGCUACGAGUUCUCCUCCCACAUCACCAGAGGAGAACACCGCUACUGA